CGACCGCCAUUUUGAGUUUUAGCUCUUGCUGCACAUCAGGAACCAAACGGGAGCGGUAAGAGAGAGUCAGCGUGAGAGAGACGCUCUGGCCGUCACCGGGCAAAAUAAUAGAUAUUCAUACACAUAUUAUAUAUAGUUUUAUUGAGAAAAAACGUUUGAAGUGCAGCUUGUAGUGAAACCGAUGCGUUAGGUUUGUGUUCGCUUUCUGCGCGCUAACGUCCGAGAGAGCAGCGCGAGCGUCUUUUGUCGGUUUAAACUUCUAAAUGAGUGCGGAUUUAAAUUAACAAUCCGGUUUGAAUGGAUUGCAUUUUUCGCCGCUCCCCCCUAGAAGAGGGACAAUCGGAGGAGCAUACGGACUGGAAAUAUUGCGAGGGAAGUUAAACAUUUUUCUCAGAAAUUGCAUGACUCGCUAAUUAGUAUUUUUUUUUUGGUGUAUUAAUCAACGUUUAUGCUAGUUUACGUUAACUAGCAUCAGCUAGCUAUAAACAGGGUAUUUGUUUUCUCUUAGAAACGGUUGAUUCCCCCCCCCGUUCAUAAUUUGGGCCUCCGUUGUUGUUAUUGUUUUGGAGCCCGGUUAAAGAGUUUAAGCUCACCAACUGUCGCUGCUCACUCAACCUCCCAUCAAAAGGCGCCGAGAUUGGGCGAAUAGCGAGCAAAUACGUCCGCGUUUCUCUGCCCGCGCCCCCGCCGGCCUCCCUCCCUCAUUCCCCGGCGCCGACCUCAGGAAAGGCCGAGGUCGCGUCAGCGCAGGCCCGGCCCUACUCGCGCAGUCCCGAUACGCACCCGCAUCCUCCGGCUCCCAGGAGCCCUUUCGCUACGGAACCCAACCCGGACAAGGGCGAGGGAAACCAAGACGACGACGGCACCGACCGUGAGAUCACAAACAUGAACCAUCACCACCAUCAGACGCAGCAGCAACAGAAAGCCGGCGAGCAGCAGCUCAGCGAGCCCGAGGAUAUGGAGAUGGAAGCUGGGGACACGGAUGAUCCCCCAAGAAUUCCUCAAAAUCCAGUCAUCAACGGGAAUGUGGCAAUGGCAGAUGGACACAACAACACAGAAGAAGACAUGGAGGACGAUACAAGCUGGCGUUCCGAGGCCACCUUCCGCUUUGUGGUGGAGCGCUUCAGCCGGCUCAGCGAGUCGGUGCUCAGCCCGUCGUGUUUCGUAAGGAACCUACCAUGGAAGAUCAUGGUGAUGCCGCGCUUCUAUCCCGAUCGGCCUCACCAGAAGAGCGUCGGCUUCUUCCUGCAGUGUAAUGCCGAGUCCGACUCCACGUCAUGGUCAUGUCACGCUCAAGCCAUGCUGAAAAUCAUCAACUAUAAGGACGACGAGAAGUCGUUCAGCCGGCGCAUCAGCCACCUGUUCUUCCACAAAGAAAAUGAUUGGGGUUUCUCCAACUUCAUGUCAUGGAGUGAUGUUACCGACCCAGAGAGAGGCUUUGUGGAAGACGAUAAGGUCACAUUCGAGGUUUCGGUCCAAGCCGACGCUCCUCAUGGUGUCGCAUGGGAUUCAAAGAAGCAUACUGGAUACGUAGGAUUAAAGAACCAAGGUGCCACGUGCUACAUGAACAGUCUGCUGCAAACACUCUUCUUCACCAACCAGCUCCGGCGGGCGGUCUACAUGAUGCCCACCGAGGGUGACGACUCCUCCAAAAGCGUUCCCCUGGCGCUACAGAGGGUCUUCUACGAACUCCAGCACAGCGAUAAGCCCGUUGGCACAAAAAAACUGACCAAGUCUUUUGGGUGGGAGACGUUGGACAGUUUCAUGCAGCACGAUGUCCAGGAGCUGUGCCGAGUGCUUCUGGACAACGUCGAGAACAAAAUGAAGGGGACAUGCGUGGAAGGCACCAUCCCGAAGCUCUUCAGAGGAAAGAUGGUGUCCUAUAUCCAGUGUAAGCACGUGGAUUAUAGAUCUGAGCGAAUAGAGGAUUACUACGAUAUUCAGCUCAGCAUAAAAGGAAAGAAAAACAUCUUUGAGUCAUUUAAAGAUUAUGUGGCAGUGGAGCAGCUCGAUGGGGAUAACAAGUACGAUGCAGGGGAGCACGGCCUACAGGAAGCUGAGAAGGGGGUGAAGUUCCUCACUUUUCCUCCCAUCCUGCACUUACAGCUCAUGAGGUUCAUGUACGAUCCCCAGACUGACCAAAAUAUUAAGAUCAAUGACCGUUUCGAGUUUCCCGAUCAGUUACCACUGGAUGAGUUCCUGCAGAAACCAGAUGUAAAGGACCCGGCCAACUACAUCCUGCACGCCGUUUUGGUGCACAGCGGAGACAACCACGGCGGCCAUUACGUCGUCUAUCUCAACCCCAAAGGAGACGGCAAAGUGAGUGUCACGGAACCAAUAUGGUGCAAGUUCGACGAUGACGUCGUUUCCCGAUGCACUAAAGAAGAGGCCAUCGAACACAACUACGGCGGCCACGACGACGACCUCUCCGUGCGCCACUGCACCAAUGCCUACAUGCUGGUCUACAUCCGAGAGUCUAAGCUCAGUGAGGUGCUGCAGCCGGUCACAGACAUGGACAUCCCUCAGCAGCUGGUGGAGAGACUGCAGGAGGAGAAACGGGUGGAGGCGCAGAAACGGAAGGAGCGCCAGGAAGCUCAUCUCUAUAUGCAAGUGCAGAUGGUGACAGAGGACCAGUUCUGUGGGCACCAGGGCAACGACAUGUACGACGAGGAGAAAGUGAAGUACACCGUGUUCAAGGUGCUGAAGAGCUCCACCCUGGCCGAGUUUGUGCAGAACCUCUCUCAGACCAUGGGUUUCCCACAGGACCAGAUGCGACUGUGGCCCAUGCAGGCCAGGAGCAAUGGCACCAAGCGGCCAGCCAUGUUGGACUAUGAGGCAGACUGCAACAAGUCUAUGAUUGACUUGAGCGACAACGAGAACCCCUGGACAAUAUUUCUGGAAACGGUAGAUCCAGAAAUGGCCGCCAGUGGUGCGACAUUACCCAAGUUCGACAAAGACCAUGAUGUCAUGUUGUUCUUGAAGAUGUAUGACCCAAAAACCAGAAGCUUAAAUUAUUGUGGACAUAUCUACACACCUAUAUCCUGUAAAAUACGAGACUUGCUGCCUGUCAUGUGUGAAAGAGCAGGGUUUCAGCAGGGAACUAGUCUUCUCCUCUAUGAGGAAGUUAAACCGAAUUUAACGGAGCGGAUACAGGACUUCGACGUCUCCCUGGAUAAAGCUCUGGACGAGCUCAUGGACGGAGACAUAAUUGUGUUCCAGAAGGAUGACCCAGAAAACGACGCCAGCGAGCUUCCGACAGCAAAAGACUAUUUCAGAGACCUGUACCACCGUGUGGACGUCAUCUUCUGCGACAAAACCAUCCACAACGACCCGGGCUUCGUUGUUACACUAUCCAACAGAAUGAACUACUUCCAGGUGGCAAAGACUGUUGCACAGAGGUUAAACACUGACCCCAUGCUCCUACAGUUCUUCAAGUCACAAGGGUACAGGGACGGCCCGGGAAACCCACUCAGGCACAACUACGAGGGAACUCUCAGAGACCUGCUGCAGUUCUUCAAACCACGGCAGCCCAAGAAGCUCUACUACCAACAGCUCAAGAUGAAGAUCACAGACUUUGAAAACCGGAGGAGUUUCAAGUCCAUAUGGCUCAACAGUCAGUUUCGGGAGGAGGAGAUCACACUAUAUCCAGACAAGCAUGGCUGCGUUCGAGACCUUCUCGAGGAAUGUAAAAAGGCCGUGGAGCUCUCAGACAAAGGCUCCGAGAAGCUCCGGCUGUUAGAAAUCGUAAGCUACAAAAUUAUUGGGGUUCACCAAGAGGACGAACUGCUAGAAUGUUUAUCUCCCGCAGCCAGCCGGACGUUCAGAAUAGAGGAAAUCCCUCUGGACCAGGUUGACCUGGAUAAGGAGAACGAGAUGCUGAUUCCAGUUGCACAUUUCCACAAGGAGGUCUUCGGGACUUUUGGAAUUCCGUUCUUGCUAAAGAUUCGUCAGGCCGAGCCCUUCAGAGAGGUGAUGAAGAGGAUCCAGGGCAUGCUGGAUAUCCAGGAGAAAGAGUUUGAGAAGUUUAAAUUUGCGAUCGUGAUGAUGGGCCGGCACCAGUACAUCAACGAGGACGAUUACGAAGUGAACCUGAAGGACUUCGAGCCACAGCCGGGAAACAUGUCCCACCCGAGACCCUGGUUAGGGCUCGACCACUUCAACAAAGCGCCGAAGCGAGGGCGCUACACAUACCUGGAGAAGGCUAUCAAGAUCCACAACUGAUGUGCCGUCUCCACCUUAACCGCCCCUUAUUAAAGACUCUAACCAGAAGUUGUGUGUGUGUGCGCACCACUUUUUACCACCUGCCCUGCGGUUACACAGGCCCUGCCUAUGAAGUCUUCAGCAAAUCAGAGUUCCUGCUCAUCAUGUUCUUCUCCCCUGACCCCCCCGCCCCCCUUCCUUUAGCUCUUUGAUUUGACUUCUGUCACCUGCCUGUUUUUUUUGUCUGGGAGAAUGAAUUGAAUUUUAACAAAUGGGGGAACAGUAUGAACUUUGUAGACAGGUGUAUUUUUUUUUUUUGUUUUGUUUUCUUUCCGUUUUUGGUUUUGUUUUCCUUUUAAUUUUUGGUUUUAAAGAAUUGUUAUGGCAAGAAAGCUGCUGCGUGCGUAGCGAGGGAGGGAAGAGGACAGAAAAAGUUCGGCCAUUUACACAAAAAACGGAUGACGAACAGAUGGAUGUCGGAUAUUUAACCAACUUUUAACCAAAAAGGACACCACUGAUGGCUAAAGCUUGCUGGAACUCUGAAGCAGUUCCAUGUUUUCUCGUUCCUUAGUGCAAAACUAGUUUGUUUUUGUUGUUUUUUUCUUCUAUGUUUACACAAUCCUCACUUAGCUCAGUUAAGAAUUCAGUCGUAUCUUUCAUGGAAAAAGUUGUAUGAUAAAAAUAAAGAUCCACAGCAUCGUUUUAAAAGCAAACAACAAACGAAAUGAAUCGUCUGUACUUCAUUUUGCACGUUGGCACUUAAUAUCAAAGGUUUUACAUUUCUCCUGACUGGUAAAAUGUAAUCUUUGACCGUGCUUUGGCCUCGAGGCCCCCUGUGUCCCCCCCCCCCUCCCCCCAAGCCCUCUUACGCUUUCUCUCGCUCUGGUUUUCCAACUUCCUUCAUCCUUCUAAGGUUUUUGCCAUGGGAUUGGAGGCGGUGUCGCUUCACAUUUGUCCUAUAUUAGCAGGAGGCUGCAGACUUUUGCUAGACUGGUUCAGGAUGUAGAGAAACCAGCAUUAAAAAUGAAUCUUCUUUUUUUUUUUUUUUUUUUUUUGUUUUGUUCCUUCCCCCUAUUUUGUUUCUAAGCACAGAAGGAGGCGUGCUCCCGAGUGCGUAGUCUGCUUUGUAAAGACAAACAUUUAAAAUUGUGUAUAUUUAAAAAGAAUGGACAUGUAAAAUUAAAGACACACUUUUGUUGGGUACAGAUCGAUUCAGAUGUUCAUAUUCAUUGUGUGUAGUUUUAUUUUGGACACCGUUUUAUUUUAUUUUUCUCAACUACUUGCUACAGUUCGUUUUGAGUGCAGAUGCGGAUCAUGUCUUUUGAUUCCGAUUCCCCCCCCCCCCCCC